UCUUCUCAUAGUUCUCGGUGAACGAAGAGGUAUACCAUUCAUUUCUUGGAGGGAAAAUUCCCUUGUCAGGAGUGACUCUUCGUCUGAUUCCCGCCAUUAUAAAGUCUGUUCCCCAGCCCUAUUGCAAUGGCUUACUUGGAGUUAUCAUUCACUUCCUCAGAAAUUGCUAGGCGACUGCUUCGAUCCAUGGAUAGCCCUCGUCAAGGUAUUGAGAUGGCCAGCACUGACAUCUCCCAUUGCCAAGCUAACAAAUCAGAUAAGUAACGGCGUUCAUGGUCUGUAAAAGAAGAGACCGUGCUGGUUCACGCACUGAAGGAGUUGGUUGUUGAUGGGUGGAAGUCGGACAACGGUUUUCGAGCUGGAUUCCUUGGUAAACUGGAGGAUGCCCUCAAAAAGGAAUUCCCCGAGACCGACUUGAAGGCAAAUCCACAUAUCAAUUCCAAAAUCGGGACGUGGAAAAAAAAUUACUAUUCGCUCAAUCUAAUAUUUGGUCGCAGCGGGUUCGGAUUCAACGUUAACGGUGACUACAUGAUAGAUGGUAACAACGACCAGUGGGAGCACAUCGUUAAGGUAGGUGCAGCACUUAGAUCUGUACUGAAGAGAAAUGAGCAGUAAACAUAUGUUGAUCCGUGCUUUUCUUGUUUCAUUUUAUAGGUUGACGGAAAUGAGUGGACUAUGCGCUAUAAAAAGUGGCCCCUUUAUGAUGAUUGGAAGAUAAUAUUCGGUAAGGACAUGGCAACAUGGGACAAAGUCGAGGAUUUCAUGGAAGCUGUCAACGAGAUGAUUGGCCGUGACAAUGUUGCGCAAAAUGACAACACUGAUGAACAGGAUCCAUCGCUGCAUGUGGAGUAUGAGUUUGAGAACGAAGUGGCUGAAGACAACGAGUGUCAGAGUCAAAAGGGUGGAACUCGAGAACGUAAUCCGAGCAGAAAGCGCAAGCGUGAUGACGACUUUGAUGUCACUCACGAGCUGCUUCUUGAGAUUGGUCGCAACACAGACAAAAGGUUUGAGCACAUCGAAAACAGGACUGGGUUUGAAUUUGAUCUAGCUAAAGCAAGGAUUGAAGUGUAUGAGACUGUAUGCGCAAUACCGGGGCUGAAUAAGAGCGAUCGAUUCGAGGUUUGCGAGAUACUUGCAGAUAAGGUUGAGAGGCUCGAGCUUUUCAUGAGUCUCCCUCAAGAUGCAAGGGCAGAUUACCUAUUGCGCGUGCUAGAGAUGCGUGGCAAGUAAGAAGAUGCAAGGGCAGAUUACCUAAGCUUUCUACUGAUUUUGAAGGGAUUUGAAAACUUUAUUACAUUUUGGUGUCCCUUUUCUGUUUUAGAAGUUGGUGCAAUGUUUUGAGAUAAUUAUCUAUGUUAU